AUGGCGUGGGGUGAAGGGAAGAAGAAGAUGUUCAGUGAGGCAGUCAAGACAACGUACUGGUACGUGGAAGACUCAGACUCGGAGGAUAUUGCGGAGGCGAUGCGGGAAGAUGCGAGGGAUGAAGCUCUUGAGGAAGAAGAUCCGCUAUCACCCAAUAUAGAGUUCACGGCGGCGGAGCUACGUGCCUUCCGGAGAGAGUGGCGAUCAGCAAUUGUGGUGAAAGUUUUAGGGCGGUCCUUCCCAUACCCUGUUAUCGCUAAACGUUUGAACAUGAUCUGGGCGAAGCAAGGCUCCAUACAAAUCACGAACAGAUCGAAGGGCUUCUACUUUUUUAGGUUUACGAGCAAACUGGAUUACGAGCAUGCUCUUAAUGGGGGACCCUGGAUGAUCGGAGACCACUACUUGGCCGUCCAAAAAUGGAAGAAGAGCUUCAACCCCAACAUGGAGAUCAAGUCCACACUUGUAUGGCUGAGGCUACCAGAUCUCCCGAUUGAAUUUUUCCACCCCCAGGCUGUCAUGCGCAUUGCAGAAAGAGCGGGGAUCCCAGUCCGUGUUGAUCGGGCUACAGAGUUGGGAGCUAGAGGGGGAUUAGCUAGAGCCUGUGUGGAAAUUGACUUUACGAAGCCGCUACUUACCAAGUUCAAGAUUGAGGGGAUUCAGUACGAAAUCCAGUAUGAGGGGCUGGCGAAUGUUUGUUUUGAGUGUGGUAGGUAUGGACAUUCCAAAGGAACUUGCCCCACGUUACACCAAACAAGAGCAGAGGAGGGGAGUGCUGCACAAACCCAAGAGCUUCCAAAGCGAUCUGAACCCUAUGGUGAAUGGAUGAUAGCGAAAAGGCGAGGGAGGCAGCCGAACAAUCAUAACAAUGCACAAGCAGCUAAGAAUCACGACCAAGUGAGAAUGGAACCCACUGGCUCUAGGUUUGCAGUCCUAUCGGAGGAAGGAGUGGCCGAUUCGGAGACAGCAGAUAUAGCAGAAACCUCACGAGGGACAACUAUGAACCGAGACAGUACGGAUGGGGACAUCACAAGGACACAUAAAGGAGCCCACCAGGAGCGCCAAGUGUGGGUAGAGAAGCAGAGUGCGGGAUCAGUAGGCAAGGAUGGCCAGUCUAGGGUGAUGUCUUCGGAGAAACCAGUAGCAGCGAAACCUCUGAAUGGCAAAACCCAGCUGGUCAGUGAACCAAAGACAACAGAAGCUCCAAGGGGAGAGGACAGUGAACCAAUGAUCAUAGAGAAUGGGGGCCAAACAAUUAACCACAGGGAGUCACACGUUGCGGAGAAGGAGCAGCCAGUUAACAAAGCGAAUAGUGCAACCGAUAUUACCAAUCUUGAUUCGGAUACAAGGUUGCAAGAAGGCAAUCCUCUGUUGUCGAAUACUCGAGUACCAGCAGUCCCCCCAAUACCGAGCGAGUCGGGUACAGGAAAAGAGCUACAUCCCAGCUUGGUGAGCCAGGUGGGAGGAGAAGUAAGGGAGACCCUCCUGAAGGAGGGUGAAACUGAGAAUCAAUAG